UGUAUUGAAGGUUCCCAUGACAGGGCUGUUCUGCUGUAUGAAUAUGUGGGGAAGAAGACAGUGGAUCUGCAGCACACUGAGGUUCCUGAAGCUUACCGAGGACGAGAGAUCGCCAAACACCUUGCCAAGGCUGCAAUGGACUUUGUGGUGGAGGAGGACCUAAAAGCCCAUUUAACAUGCUGGUACAUCCAGAAAUACGUCAAAGAAAACCCUCACCCCCAUUACUUGGAGCACAUCCUCCACUGAGAGUGAGAGAUGGGGACGAUCUCGAUUCUAAUAGGAUGAUUUGGGAUUGGGUGGGAUGGAUAUCUUUUGGGAUUCCCUAAACUGUCUGACUGGUCUUGAAACUCCACAAAAGAAAGAGAAAGAUUUUUUUUUUUUGGAGUGAAUGCGAUUUAAGAAGGGGAGAUCUGAAACUACAAAACGUUUUCGUAGGACAUAUAAGAGUGUGGACUUUGAGGUGGGCUAGUUUCCCAGUAACUCAAGUGGACUUUCGAGCCAAUCCAGAGAUGUGAGAGGAUUAUGACACCCAUCAUGAAUUCAAAAUAGGAAUAGUUUGAUAUGAUCAUAAGAGUGAUGUUAGACUCCAUAUGCCUCUCUGGCCUUACACCUUCAGAUUUAGUGGUGCUCACAAGAGAAAUAAACACAUGCACUUGUGUUCCCACAUGCGCAGAACGUGCACACUCAGCCUGGCUUGAAGUUUUAGGGGCAUCACAAUCUAACCAUACUGUCAGAAAUGACUGUUUCAUUCUGUGCAUGUUCUAGGCUGAUCUUGUGCUUUUGCAUGUGUGUAUCUGUGUAUACUAUGGCCAGUGAAGAGCUCAGACUCUGGAGACAAUCGCCGGCCCAUAUAUUCGCAGGGCUGAACCUCUCAGGAUGCACAAUUUAUAAAAACAAUAAAGCACCUCUGCAUAGAGGAUUCUGUUACAUAUGGUUGGAUGUAUGUAUGUGUGUGUGUGUGUGUGUGUGUGUGUGUGUGUAAGUGUUGAAUAACCGAAUAUGAGCGUAUAAAUGUCAGUGUGUUAGUUACUCCCAAAAUUCCCAGGGGUCUUAUUAAAAGUCAGUUGAUGAACUGCCUUAAGCCAGAUUUAAGCAAGGUUGUUUGCAGGGUAGGCAGCACACGGAGCAGACCAUCAUGCCAUGUUCUGUGCUGACACCACUGAUGACCAUUGUAUUCCUGGUGAUGAUAAGGAAGGUUUUUUUUUUUAAGUAAAAAAAACUGGGCUCUGUUAUGUCAAUUUGUGAUGUAACAGACUAGAGGCCCGAAAUUCAUCUGUUUUUUCACAC